AUGGAUCCGGAGAUGGAAGGUGCAGUUGGUGAUGCCACGCUUGCUUAUGAAGCGGGCGGUCCAGGCGAAAUACCAGAAGUGAGCACGUUUACUAGCAUGCCGCCGCCGGCAUUGUCACCCCCGGCAGCCGUUGCGAUUGAGCACGAGGCGCCUACCUUGGCAUAUGGAGACACGCUCGUGUUGCAACCGGAAGAUGAUGCAGAGGCAGUGCCAACGGAGCCUUGUCCGGAGGCAGUGCCGGAGGCAGUGCCAGAAGCUCCCGCGGAGAUGGCAUCCAGAUCCAGUGAGUCUCCGCAGCCCCUCGAAGCUGGAACGGGUCGACGGACUGAAUCUGGUGGACGACUGGCCGCAUCGGGUCUUCGACUUCGACUCUGGCACAAGCAGCCGCCGCCAACAGGAUAUGUCCCUCCGCGCAGAGCAUCUCGAGCAAAACCCAAGGCGCGCUCGUCUGCACCUGCAAAGAGGUCUGCGGCAUCUGUCGCUCCAGCUGAGCCUCACUCUGCCGGCGAGAUGGUAGGUUGCAGAGUCUCCGUGACAGGUGAUGGAUGGGGUGGCGGAACCGGAGGGUACGAGGCCACCGUCGUGGACUCCGAUGACCUCUCCCUGACGGUUAUAUACAGAGACGAUGACAAGAAAUGGAAGGAGACCCACGUCCUGCGCCGACACUGUGAUCUUCUUGAUGCCCCUCAGGCUGAGGCCCCUGAGACUGACUUAGGCAUAUUAUAG